AUGACUACGCUCUUGACUGUCACCGUGCCUACGAGUAGCAAGACGCACGCGACUGUCACCUCUUCCUCUUUCUUGGCUGUCUCCAUGUUUGCGAGCAGAAAGGCGCGUACGGCUGUCCCCUCGUUCCCCACUGUCUCCAUGUCUGCGAGCAGCAAGACGAGUACGACUGUCACCUCUUCCGCGCUCUUGACUGUCACCGUGACGUCGAGCAGCAAGACGGGUGCGACUGUCUCCUCGCUCCCCGCUGUCUCCGUGUCUGCGAGCAGCAAGACGAGUACGACUUUCACCUCUUCCACGUUCUUGGCUGUCUCCGUGACGUCGAGCAGCAAGACGGGUACGACUGUUACCUCGCUCUUGGCUGUCGCCAUGCUUACGGGCAGUAAGGCGGGUGCGACUUUCUCCUCGUUCCCCACUGUCUCCGUGUCGGCGAGCAGCAAGACGAACACGACUUUCACCUCUUCCACGUUCUUGACUGUCUCCGUGACGUCGAGCAACAAGACGGGUGCGACUGUCACCUCGCUCUUGGCUAUCGCCAUGUUUGCGAACAGCGAGGCGAGUACGACUAUUCCCUCGCUCCCCACUGUCUCCGUGUCUGCGAGCAGCAAGGCGGGUACGGUUAUCACCUCUUCCGCGCUCCUGGCUGUCGCCGUGCUUGCGAGUAGCGAGACGUACGCGACUGUCUCCUCGCUCUUGGCUAUCACCGUGGCGGCGAGUACUCAAGCUCAAGGCCCUUCCACGCUCCUGGCUGUCUCCGUGUCGCCUCUUCUAAAAAUGAUACAAGUUGAGAAUUCCAGGAACGCCCAACACGUUCGUCUUCAUUAG